AAAGCGGCGCUCUGCCAUGAAGCUGACUGGUGCUCUGCUCAUCGCCACGGUGCUCUGCAGCUCCCUUGGGGCUGGCUCUGCUCAUGAGGUUGUCCCCAGCUUCCUGCAGACGCUUCUUGAGGGCUCUGCCGAGCAGCUGUACGCCGGACCCAUUUCCCAGUAUCACCUGGAUGAUUUGACCAGAGCUGCUUUGACCGCAUUAAAGGAAUGCAUCGAUGAGCUUUCUCCUGAGCAUGUGAAGGCCCUCAUCAGUCUGCUGCUGUCUGGGGAGUUCCUGGUGACCGGGCUUUUCGACAUCAAUGCCCCAGAGACAUGA